AAAAAUGGUCUGCAAAACAAACUUCACUUCGUGGUGCCGAUGAGGGCGCUAAAGCCGAUGACCAGCAGCUGAUGAGCGAGCAAAAAUGACACAAACAGUAUCAUCAAGCAGGAAGAGAAAUCGGGAGCUGGAGGAUUCCGAUCUCUUGCCGUCACCGAAGAGAACUGAUUUCAACCUCAACAGUUCCCUCCAGGUGAAUGGUCAUUUAAAUGGUAUAGAGGAGGCUGAUGGCUCCAGUGGAUUCCUACAGAAUGGUGCUUGUUACAAUGGCCAGCCAGCCCCAGCACAGCCACAUCCACAGCCACACCAUCUUACCUCACAGCAGCCAGCCCCCUCCAUCUUACACCAACACAUGAACAGCCAUAGCCAAGUGCCACCAAACAAUCCCAACAGCGGCAAGGACGUCACGUACCUAGACUCCUCCACAUGUGCGGCGCUCAGUAAUCUCCACCUGAUGUCCGGGGACCGUACCGAGGCACCGUCAUGUAGCAAUCAAAUGCCGGCAAGCGACGAUUCCGUCUACAGAGACAUUAACAGGGUUUUACGAGAGGCUCAUUUUUCAAGAUUAUCAAGGCUCAAUGGUACGUUCGGAGAAUAAAUUGGACUAACCACA